AUGGAGAAUCUCAUGCAAACAUUUCCAGAACGAAGCUUCGAUGUCACGAACUGGAUUGAAGCAUGCAUCGGUUUGCCACUGUGCCUUCUGACCAGGAAGACGCUGGAUCUGGAAGCAGAAGAGGCAGUGCUUCGGACGAGGAAUUGCUGCUGCAGCUGCACGCAACGAAGGCCGUAUGCUCAGCUAACGCUGUUGGAGCAGCGGUCUCUGUGCUUUGGGGUUUGUGCAGCCAUCAAUUCUGACUUGGCGCCCAUGAACGACAAGGAUGAAGGCGGCAUUGUUCCCGGUUGCGGAUGCUCCCGGUCGCUGGUUGAGGAAAUUGUUCAAGAGCUGAACCUCAGAAAGGAUGGCCGUGGCAAGAUUGCUCAAGUACGUCAGCAAAAGUUCAUGUUGGACAAGAUCAGCAAGCUGGCCAUUCAAGUGCCUAUGCUGGUAAAGCACUUUGGGGUGAAGUAUCCCCCGGAGGAAGCAACCCUGCAGCGCAUCUUCCCGCGAGGCGCUCCAAUCAUGCGACCUUUGUCAAACGUCGCUGUUACCCAGCAGGUUCACGAGUUUGAGACCCAUGAGUAUGACAUAACAUGCUGCUGCGAGACGCUGUGCUGCACCUCAAAGCUGCUACAGCUGGCACCUGACGAAGCAGUUCUCACAACUCAGCAGUACAUUACCGGCAGCGUUGUAACCAGCAGGGUCCCAUAUGCAAACAUUGAAUCUGUUGACUCGCUUCAGUCCUGCGGGUGCCUUUCAAGCCUGGAAGCCGGGGAGUUGACGAAGAAACCGGGCAGAGCCGGGCACGUGCCGAUACAGCCUGGGUUUGGUUGCAGCCGAAGUGUGGUGGAAAGCAUUCGGGCCGACUUGCAGGCUCGCGUGGAUGUGCGGGGUAACCUGGGCCAGCUGAAGCAGCUUGAGAGCAUGAUGCAGCGAUUCGAUGACUUCGCGGCAGAGCUGGCGCUGAUCCUGGACAAGAUCGGGGCGGAUGCUUCCUACCCUCCUUCGCAGCAGACCAUGCGCCAACUCUACGGGGACCAGAGCUCCUGCGUCGUGCCCGAGGGCACACACUCCUUGCCAAGCCGAGACUUUGACACCGUGGCUUACAACGUGCGCAACGACAUUGCAAACUGCUGCUGCAUGGCCGUGACUUGCGGCCUGGCAGGGUGCACCUCCCACUCCCUUACCCUGGAAUCGGAGCAGGCAGUUGAGACGUUCAGCAAUAACUGCAUGCGUUCGACUGACCGCAAGCCGUACGCUCAGCUCCGGGCGGUGGACGAAGAGAUUUGCUGCUGCUGCUUCCAUGGGGUGAACGGCUGGGUUCCGGGAUGGUGCGGGGACACGCAGAAGGUCCAGGAGAUUGCUGCGGAGCUCCAGGCGCGAAAGGUCGGCCGCGGCAACAUUGCGCAGAUCCGAAAUCAAGAGAACACCAUGGUCAAGGCCAUCGAAGCGGACAUUCGAGCUGAUAUAGUGCUGAAGCAGAAGGGCGUGCAGUACCCACCCACUCAAGCGACCAUGACCUCGAUGUAUGGAGCACAGCAGCCACAACUGCCGCCAGUCACCCCCGGAGUUGGUCAAGCCAUUCACCUGAAUGCCUCCGAGCAGAUGCCAACACGGAACUAUGACAUUACAAAUGCCUUGGAGAGAGUUUGCUGCUGCUGUCAGACAACACACCUGGAGCUCAAUGAUGAAGAAGCGGUCUUCAGAAAGAAGAGCUGCUGCUUGAAAGCGGUCCGCCGGGAGCCCUAUGCGCAGCUCGGAUCGGUGGAGCCUGCACAGCUCUGCUGCGGUCUCUGCGUCAACGUGCACACGGACCAAAACAUGGUUUGUCCUGGAUUCGGUUGCAGCCACGGCUCGGUGGAAGAAGUGGCGACCGAGCUCCAGAACCGAAAGGUCAAGCGCGGCAACAUUGCGCAGAUUCGGCAGCAGGAGAACUUGAUGGUUGAGAUCAUCAAGCUGGGGGUCAAGGCAGACAUGCUCAUGCACAAGGAGGGCGUGCAGUACCCGCCAUCGCAAGAUGCCAUGAUGGCCGUGUUUGGUCAAGACAUUUCGAUUCCGGGCUCUCAGACGGCCUUUGGCCGCACGAUGCACGUGAUGGUUCCACCUGGUCUCAGAGCCGGUGAUGCCUUUCAGGUUCUUGGGCCACGUGGAAGGUUCGAGGUCACAGUACCACCAGGUGUGGUGGAGGGCCAGACGCUGCAGGCCACUUGA